UCGGCGGUGGAUUGGCGCUGCCUGCCCGCCGCCCCGGAAGGCGCUGGGCUCGAACCGGGGCCGCGGAGGCGCCGCAGGCUCUCCCCGGUGGAUCAGGAGGUGCUGCCUCGGUGGCCAAAAGUAUUGAAGAUGGGCCGCCGCUCCUCGGACACGGAGGAGGAGAGCAGGAGCAGGAGGAAGAAGAAGCACCGCAGGCGCUCCUCCUCCAGCAGCUCCUCGGACAGCAGGACCUACAGCCGGAAAAAAUCGGGGAGGAAAUCCAGGUCGAGGUCGCGGUCUCGGGAUCUUCAGUCUUGGACCCAUUCCUAUGAGAAAAGGCGCAGACACAGAUCCAGCAGCAGCUCUUCCUACGGCUCCAGGAGGAAGCGCAGCCGGAGCCGCUCCAGGGGCAGAGGCAAAUCCUACAGGUCCCAAAGGUCCAGGUCAAAAAGUAGAACCAGGAGGUCCCGCUCCCGAGGCCGGCAGCGUUCCUACAGCCGCAGCAGCGAGAGGUCCGGCCACAGGAGAAGCCCCAGCGGAUCCCGGGAGCGCCGCAAGGGCCGGGACAAGGCCAAGGAGAAGGGCAAAGGGAAGGAGAAGGAGAUGUAUGGCACCAAGGUUGGGGACUCUGCAAACAUCAAAGCUGGAUUAGAACAUCUGACUCCUGCUGAACAGGCCAAAGCCAGGCUGCAGCUGGUUCUGGAGGCAGCUGCUAAAGCAGAUGAAGCAUUGAAGGCCAAGGAGAGAAGUGAAGAAGAAGCCAAGAGAAGAAAGGAAGAAGACCAAGCCACCCUCAUCGACCAAGUGAAGCGAGUGAAGGAGAUCGAAGCCAUCGAAAGCGACGCCUUCAUCCCACAGACCUUCAGGUCGAGCAAAGAAGUCAAAAAGUCGACAGAACCUCCUGAACUGCAGCAUGAGCCUGGAAAUGUGGGAGCAGGAACCACUGAGGCAGCGGCUCCUGAGAAAGAGCCUCCAGCUGCCCACAUUCCCACUGCCAUCAAAUACCAGGAUGACAAUUCCUUAGCACAUCCAAACCUGUUCAUCGAGAAGGCAGAGGCUGAGGAGAAGUGGUUCCAGAGGUUGGUUGCUCUCCGCCAGGAACGGCUGAUGGGAAGCCCCGUGGCCUGACAGCUCCCAAGGACCGUCCCAGGCCAGUUCCCACAUGGAAUUCCUACAUUCAGUUGUUCUGUUUGUCUCUUAGAGGAGAUUUUAAUGAGCUGUGCAGGCGGGGAGGGUUUCACCUGAAUGAACAGGAGUGUUGUGUCCUGCUCCACUGGAAUACCCAGGAAUGUUCUGCCCUGGUUCUCUCCAGACCCCGCACUGGAGAUGGGCAGGGCGGCACAGCCAGGGGCAUUUCCUUGUUUAGGGGGGAAUUCCUCAGGUGCAGAACACCUGGCAGCCCAUGAAACAUCAUUUUAUACCUCCCAGUGCAGAACAUUUUAGAGAACCAGGCAGGAGUUGGGAGAUAAAUGGGAACUGAGGCUCGGGGCUGGGACUGAGCAGGGCUGGGACAGUCAGGGGUGAGUGGGGCCAGGCCAGGCCAGGUCCUGCAGCUGGAGAGGACCCAGGGCAGGGAGAUCACUGUUACCCCCUCCUCCUUCCUUCUGUGGAAUCCUGAAUAUCUGGGCAGGCUCCUGGCUGAGGGAAUCUUCCACGUGGAUGUGUUCAUCCAUCUGCUCCCAGUCCCUCACUCUGGGUGGAAAAAUGCUCCUUGAACAUCUGCCGCUACUGCAGCUCCAAAUGGGGAAUUGUACCAAUCUCACCAUCAAUGUAAUUACUGAAUUAUGUCAUUGUCGCACACCUGGCUGUGUGCAGUGACUGUUCCCAGCCCACAAAGUUCCCUCUGGCCAGGUGGGACUUCCAAAUAAUGAAAGUUUAGUCUGAACAUCGGAAUUUAGCCUGGAUGAACUCCCACCACACUGCCCAUCAUCCAACUAAAUGUGGGAGAUCAACCAAAUAAAAUAAAUAAAAUGCAAAAGUGUUUCUUCAGCAAAGCUGGGAGGAAACUGGCACAUCAGGAGAGGAGAAAGCUGAGCCCCACCUCUGGAUGUACCUCACUGGAACUCACCUGCAUCAGCAUUCCCUUGGAAGGCUGCUUUUUAGGAUUAUUUCUCCUGGUUCUCACAUCUGUGGUGAUAAAAAAUGGAGGCUGACUCUGGAAAUGGACUUUGGUUGUCUUCUUUUUUAUUGUAGAUCCUGGAUAUAAAAGGAAAAUGUAUUGAAUUUGCAUUCUGACACCUUUUUACUUCCUCUAUGAAGCAUUAGUUUGACUUUAUCCUGCAUCCAAAUAUUCCAAGACCUUGUCUGCAGGAAAAAGUGGGGGGAAAAUGGUUUCCCUUGUUUCAUUUCAGCAUUUUCAAAUGGUAAAUAUUUGUCAUUGCUGUGUUUUCUAAUCACCUUUUAUGUUUCUCUCAUAGAAAAUAAAAACUAUUUCAUGUCUGUGGAA